AUUUGAAUUUCCUUUGAUUUGAAAUUCUGCUGUGUUGUUUUUUUUAGAAAAAGAUCGAACACCGAUCUUCAAUCAGCAAAUUCUUUCUUUUCUUUUUUUUUUUGUUUUUCGUUUUUGCAAUCAAAUAAUUAUGUCUGAUAAGAAUAAUUCCCAACAACAACCGCAACAACAACCAUCGGCUGCAAUGGCAAUCAAUAAUCCACAACAACAACAUAGUCAAUCAAUAAAAAUUGGUCAUUAUAUACUUGGUGAAACAUUAGGUAUCGGUUCAUUUGGUAAAGUUAAAAUUGCAACACAUCAAAUUACUGAUCAUAAAGUUGCUGUAAAAAUCCUGAAUCGACAAAAGAUAAAAAAUUUAGAUGUUGUUGGUAAAAUUCGUCGUGAAAUACAAUAUCUAAAACUAUUUCGUCAUCCACAUAUUAUUAAACUUUACCAAGUAAUAAGUACACCAACCGAUAUAUUUAUGAUUAUGGAAUAUGUAUCGGGUAGAGAAUUAUUUGAUUAUAUUCUAAAACAUGGUAAAUUGAAAGAAUCUGAAGCUAGACGUUUUUUUCAACAAAUAAUAUCCGGUGUUGAUUAUUGUCAUCGUCAUAUGGUUGUACAUCGUGAUUUGAAACCGGAAAAUCUACUUUUGGAUCAAAAUUUAAAUGUAAAAAUUGCCGAUUUUGGCCUGUCGAAUAUGAUGCGUGAUGGUGAAUUUUUACGUACUAGUUGUGGUUCACCAAAUUAUGCUGCACCUGAAGUUAUUGCUGGAAAAUUAUAUGCUGGACCUGAAGUUGAUAUUUGGUCUUGUGGUGUUAUACUUUAUGCAUUAUUAUGUGGUACAUUACCAUUCGAUGAUGAACAUAUGCCAACAUUGUUUCGAAAGAUUAAAUCUGGACAAUUUCUUAUACCGGAUUAUCUAAAUAAAUCGGUUGUAUCAUUAUUAUGUCAUAUGAUACAAGUUGAUCCAAUAAAACGUGCUACAAUCGAUGAUAUAAAACAACAUGAUUGGUUUAAAAAAGAUUUGGCUGCUUAUUUGUUUCCAAGUCCUACGGCUAAUGAUGCAUCAUUUAUCGAUAUUGAAGCAGUGAAUGAAGUUUGUGAAAAAUUCGGUGUUACCGAACAAGAAGUACAUGAUUCAUUACUUAGUGGUGAUGCACAUGAUCAAUUAGCCAUUGCAUAUCAUUUGAUUGUUGAUAAUAAAGGAAUUGAAGAUGAAGCAAUAAAAUUAGAUUUAAAAGAUUUAUAUGUAUCAUCUAGUCCACCACCAUAUUUAGAUCAAUCGAAUAGUCCAUUUCCAAAACAACGACAAAGAAUUCUUAGUGGUGGUGCAGGUAGCACUGGUGCUGGGGGUAAUAUAAAUUCAUCAACAAUUCAAUCAGAUCAUAAUCGACAACGUGCAAAUAGUGUUGGUCAACAAUAUCAAUAUCAUCAUCAACAACAACCACAACAACAACAACAAGAUCAAAAAAAUCAUAAAUCAACAACACCAAUCAAAAAAGCUAAAUGGCAUUUAGGUAUACGAUCACAAAGCAAACCAAUCGAUAUUAUGAAUGAAGUAUAUCGUGCAAUGAAAUUAUUAGAAUUUGAAUGGAAAGUUGUAAAUCAAUUUUAUGUACGAGCCCGGCGUAAAAAUCCAACAACAGGAAAAUAUUAUAAAAUGGCAUUACAAUUAUAUCAAGUUGAUUAUAAAAGUUUUCUAUUGGAUUUUAAAUCAUUACCAAAUGAAGAUGAUGAUGAUAAUGAUAAUAAUAAUGAUGGUGGUGGUAAAAAUUCAACGAUUACCGGACAAUCAUCAUCAUCAUCGUCAUCAUUGACCGCUGGUGGUGGUAAUAGUUUAGUAUCGACAACUGAAUUUACUGGUCAUCAACAAUAUAAAAAUCAUAAUAUAAUGGAAUUUUUUGAAAUGUGUGCAUCAUUGAUUGCUCAAUUGGCACGUUGAAAAAUUCCAAAUGUUUUUUCUCCCAUGUUUUUUCAUUUGUUUUUUAAACACAAAAGAUUUUUCUGUAUGGAUGAUGUGUGUGUGUGAAU